AUGCUGAAGUACCUGGAGGUGAAGCGGUCGGGCGGGUCGGAGACGGACCAGUCGGAGGGGAGCGAGGCGGCGAGCGCCUACUCCCUGGAGGAGCUGAAGACGAAGAUGGAGGCGGCGCAGAAGAAGCACUUCGGCUACAAAAACCUGAAGGGCUUCCAAAUCGAAGCGGUGCACGCAGUGUUCCACAAGAGAGACAGCCUCAUCGUGAUGGCCACGGGGAUGGGCAAGUCCCUCUGCUACCAGAUACCCUCCCUCAUGGGGGAAGCCAAGAACAAAUUCACAGUGGUCAUAUCCCCCCUGAUAUCUCUGAUGACAGACCAAGUGGACAGUCUCAACAGGAAGAGAAUCUCCUCCGUUUUUUUGGGAAGCGGGCAGAAGAUGAGCAACGACCAAGUGUUAACAGAAGUGAAGCAUGGCAUUUACAAAAUAGUAUAUUGCAGCCCGGAGUACGCUCUAAAUAAUAAGCAAUUAUUUUUAAUGUUGCGGAGGAGGAUCCUUCUGGUGGCCAUUGACGAAGUGCACUGCAUGUCUGAGUGGGGGCAUGACUUUAGACCCUCAUAUAGGCGGUUACACGAAUUAAGGGAAAUCCUUAUGGGCAUCCCCUUCAUGGGGUUAACCGCAACAUGCACAGGAGAAGUCCAAAGGGAUAUCCUAAAAAAUUUAAAUUUCAAUUUGAAGACUUGCCUCAUAAAAACGAGUAGCGUUAAUAAGAGGAACCUUUUCUACUGCGUUAGGGAAAAAACAAAUCUGUUUAAUGAUCUCCGAGAUGUGCUGGACAUCCCAUGCAGCAAAUCUUUGGAGAGGACCAAGCGUUUUAUUGAUAAUUCAAAAAUAUGCCCCUAUAAUUCUACCCUCAUUUAUGUUAACUCGAAGAAGGAGUGCGAGAGUAUCUUUUCCUUCCUCAAAGAGAAGGGACUACUCGUCCGGAUGUACCACGCCGAUUUGACUAAUGCGGAUAAGAAGGAGGCGCACGAAAAGUUCCUAAAGGACGAAGUGCAGAUAAUCGUCGCGACUGUUGCAUUCGGAAUGGGCAUAGACAAACCAGACAUUAGGAGAAUCAUCCAUUAUGGGUUUUCGCGCUCCUUGGAGGCCUACGUGCAGCAGGUGGGAAGGGCCGGUAGAGACAACAGCAAUGCGGAGGCCAUUCUUUUCUUUCACAUAAAUGAUGAGUCCAAAAUAAAGAACCUCCUUCUAAGGGAAAAUAUCGCCAAUAAUCUAAUCGAAACGAACUUCCAGCGAGUCGAGCAUAUCAUUACUAUGUUUACGGAGGCAUCCGACUACGCCUACUCCACCAUCUGUAGGAGGAAAAAAAUCUAUGAGUACUUUGAUGAGACUCCGGAGAGUUGCUCGGAUGUGGACGUCUUCGAUGAGGAGGCCAACUGCGGCGUCUGCUUUUAUGUGAAGAAGUAUGCCAUGUACCUCUGCGCGAGCUGCGACAAUUGUGCGUACCACUUGGGGGAGAUUCGGGGGAGCGGCCCCAAUGUGGGCAACCGAAGCAUCGGGGGAACAAAGCUUGGCGGCAUUUCAAUUGGUGGCAUUACUGCCGGUAAGGGGAGUGAGGCCCCCCUCGCUGGGCCCACAGACCUGGGGGUGGACCUCUCCGAGGAACUGAAAACGCUGCUGAGCUGCAUCUCCUCCCUCAGGGGGAGAACCGGAGUGGGAGUCAUCUGCAAAGUGCUGGUAAAAAGCAAAGAAGCCUGCAUAGUUAAGAAGGGCUACCACAACAUUAAGGAGUAUGGCGAGGGGGCACACAGAAGCACCAGCUGGUGGUCCGCUUUUAUAAAAGUAGCCAGAAACGACAAAUUUGUGAAGGAGACGUUAGUCUACAGCAAAGAUGUGAGUUACCUCAGUGUAGGGGUAACGCCCAAGGGCGAGGCCUUCAUUAAAGAUUCGGGGCAAAAGUACACCGUUAGGUUGCCCUUCUUUUUGAUAGACAAGGAGAAGAAGGGAAAGGCAGGCAAAGGGGCGAAGAAGGCCACCUCGUUUAGAAGUACUAAUGAGUCCUUUGGUCAUUCGUAUGAUGAGGGGGCUACUCAACGCAAUAGGGGCAGCACCUUCGGGGAGGACUUCACCCACAGGGAAAGGAGAAACUAUGUAGACGGGGAGAGGAGAAACUAUGUAGAGGGGGAACAAAACCAACUGGAGGGAGAACCCCGCCCCCCUCUCCUGAGCGCCACUCACCGUAGUGCCCCCCACCAAACGGAAGGAGUCUACCCCAUAACGCAAGCCAACGUAGAAAGGAACAACCCCACCCCCGAUGACAAAUAUGGGUACUUCAACGCAGAUAAGAGUCAAUGCCAUAGGGAACACCAGUACAGGGAGGAAAAACUAACAGAAGAAAAAAUAAAUGAAUCCAUUAUGAAGAUUUUACUUAGAACCAGAAUUAUAGAAGCUAGGCAACAGAACAUCCCUCCCUUUCAGUUGAUAUCUGACCAGCCUCUAAAGGAUAUAUGCCACAAGCGACUGACAUCUGUGCACCUGAUUAGGAAGCACGUCGAUAACAUUUCCCCCGUUUGCCCCAACUCCUUUUUGGAGAAGCUCAUUUCAGGCAUCAGGGGCUUUUGCCUGCUACACGAUUUAGAUACGAAUAUAAAUCUGGACACAGCUAGACAGGAUGUGGAUCCGGCUAGCCAAAAUGUGGGUUGGACUAGCCAAAGUGCGGGUUGGGCUAGCCAAAAUGCGGGUUCGGCUGAACCCGUCGGAAGGGGGGUGUCCAGCCUGAACAAGUUUUCCAGCCUAAUUUCGUCCUUCCAGUAUGACCACAGGAGGGGGGUGGGGGGAGGCCCCUCCCACGGGGGCGCUGCUUACGGGGGUACUACUUACGGGGGUACUACUUACGGGGGUACUACUUACGGGGGCGCUGCUUACGGGGGUACUACUUACGGGGGUACUACUUACGGGGGCACUACUUACGGGGGUACUACUUACGGGGGUACUACUUACGGGGGUACUACUUACGGGGGUACUACUUACGGGGGCGCUGCUUACGGGGGCACUACUUACGGGGGCACUACUUACGGGGGCACUACCCACAGUAGACACUUUAACGGUGGCGCCAAAACCGACAUGGCAGUCGGCGUGGGAGGAAGUUUCACUGCCCACCCAGGCGGGGGGAAGACGCCCCUCGAGUGUGAAACAAACCGCCUGCGGAGUGAUCCCCCCGAGAAGGGCAGCAGAAAGGAGACCACGCUGAGCCCCUUCUGCCCCACCGCGGAGGCGCCCAGCCAGCUGCACCAGUUCAGCGGCAACGACAAAAGCAGGCUACUGGAUUUUUUCGAAGACGAUUUUAAAGUUGUAAAGGGGGGUAGCCAGUUGGAGGUUAGCCAGUUGGAGGUUAGCCAGUUGGAGGCCAAUCGGUUGGAGGCCAGCCAUUUGGAGACCAACCCAAACUGGCCGCUCACGAAUUGCAAAAAGGCGCGGCAGGCCCCCAUCGACCUGUCCAACUACACCUUCCAGGAUGAGGUGUGCAGAGGGAGCAACUCAGCGCAACCCAUGCAGACCGCCCACGAGGCGCCCAAGCCAAGUGAAGCAAUCAUUUCUCCCAACCGAAUUGACGCCAUUACCCGUUUGAGCACCCCGGGGGAACAUGCAAACGGAGGUGCUACACGGACAGGCCCAAGUGCGUGGGCAUCACCCCCAGAUGACCCCUUCACAGAACCCUUCCGCGUCGGUAAAACCAUGGGGGAGAAUCACAUCGGUGUCUUAAAUGACAAAAAAAAAAAAUUAGAUUUGAUCGAUUCGUUUUCAUAUGACUAUAAAAAAAAACAGGACGAAGACAGCCUGGGGGGGGUUCCCGGCGGGCACGGUGGCGCUUCUUCCUUUCAGGAUUUGAAACGACGCCGAUUUUAA